AUGGAUUACCAGAAUCGCGUAGGUUCAAAGUUCGGAGGUGGUGGUGUCGCGGGUGCCUCCGAGACCAAUGUCGACAGGCGAGAGCGGUUGAGGAAGCUCGCAUUGGAAACAAUUGACUUGGCUAAGGACCCAUAUAUCCUUCGCAACCACCUUGGCUCACUAGAAUGCCGUCUCUGCCUCACCCUCCACACAAAUGAAGGCUCCUACCUUGCUCACACACAAGGAAAGAAGCAUCAGACAAACCUUGCCAGACGUGCGGCACGGGACCUUAAGGAGACCCAGCUCAUGAUUGCACCCAAUGCCCAAAACCAAGUCCCACGCAAGGUCUUCUUGAAGAUUGGACGUCCCGGUUACCGCGUCACGAAGGUGAGGGAUAGGGACACUGGAAAGGAGGGCAUGAUGGUGCAAGUCCAUCUACCGCAGAUUAAGCCUGGUGUUAUCCCUCGCAGACGGUUCAUGAGUGCGUGGGAGCAAAAGAGGGAACCACCAAACAAGGCGUACCAGUACCUCAUCGUUGCUGCAGAGCCCUACGAAACUAUUGCUUUCCGUAUCCCCGCCCGCGAAAUAGAAGACGAGUCCGACGAUGCGGGAUAUUGGAACUGGUCGCACUGGGAUCCCGAUACAAAACAAUACAGCUUCCAGUUCAUGUUCCGCCUUCAAUACUGA